AACUAAAACCGGCACCCUGAAUUUCUCAUCGUUCAAGAGCAGUUUUACUUCCAAUGUUAAUUUCCUGAAGAGAAGAUUCAGCUCGGGAGACUUGUCUUCCGAGGCUGAUGAUGUCGAUCCCAAUGAUUUGCCACCGGCAGCGCGACCCAUACAGGAACAGCCCACAAAACCACCAACUGCAGUUGGUGGCGGCCCGCCCAAUAUGCCACCACCACCGGCACCUGGUUCGGCCGGCAUACCACCACAGCCUGCGGGCAAUGCCCCCGACUUCUCAUUGAGUUUUGGCAAAACGACAGCCAAUAACACGGCCGCUGCCCCCGUAGCAGGACCACCACGUGGAGUCAGUGCCCCCACUAGCCCGGCCAAGUCGAGAGAAAGUUUGCUGCAACGCGUUCAAAGUUUGACGGGAGCAGCUCGAGAUCAAGGCGCUUCAAUUUUGGGUGCCGCUGUUCAAAGUGCCACCCGUGCUCCAGCUUUCAAUAAAGACAAAUAUUUCACUCUACUGGUGCUCGAUGAUCACAAUACAGAUUGGUCGAAAUAUUUCCGGGGCAAGCGUCUGCAUGGCGAUUAUGAUAUACGAGUGGAGCAGGCUGAAUUUAGGGACAUAACGCUACAUGCCAGUGCUGAAUCGGGUCCAGUUGUAACAAUGGAGGUUUACCGUGGUGAUUCCAGGAUUCCCCGUAUGUUCCGGCCCGAUUUUGUGCUAAUACGUCAACCACCUCGUGAUGGAGCCAGUGAUUAUCGUUCAACAAUUUUGGGCUUGAAAUAUGGAGGUGUGCCAAGCAUUAAUUCCUUGCACUCUAUAUACCAAUUUCAGGAUAAACCUUGGGUAUUUGCCCAUUUGCAGCAGCUUCAACGUCGCCUGGGAAAAGAUGCCUUCCCACUGAUUGAACAGACUUUCUUCCCUUCACCCAAAUAUUUGCUGAAUUGGACCAAGUUCCCUUGUGUAUUGAAGGCUGGCCACUGCCAUGGCGGCAUGGCUACGGCGCGCUUUGAUAACCAAAUGGGUUUGCAAGAUGCUGCCGGUCUGGUGUCUGGCACUGGUUUUGAAGGACACUGUUACUGCACAAUUGAGCCAUAUAUCGAUGCGAAAUUCGAUGUGCACAUCCAAAAGAUUGGCAGCAAUUAUAAGGCUUUCAUGCGUAAAUCCAUUACCGGUAACUGGAAGACAAAUCAAGGUUCAGCAAUGUUGGAGCAAAUUACUCUUACAGAGAAAUACAAGUCAUGGGUGGAUGAGAUCUCCGAACUCUUUGGUGGCAUGGAAGUGUGCGGUGUUUCCGUAGUGGUGGGCAAGGAUGGGCGUGAGCAUAUUAUCAAAGCAUCGGAUAGUACAUUUGCUUUGAUGGGUGACUCGCAGGAGGAUGAUCGCCGGCAGAUAGCCGAUUUGGUAUCUUCACGCAUGCAGAAUGUCUGCCGACCUGGGGCCAAUCAAAAUGUAGGCGGUCAUGGCAAACUACCCUCGGUCUCUUCGCGCGGCCAAAGUCCAACCGAUGAAAUUGGCCUGCCUCCAGCUGCCCCAACUGGCCCCCGACCAGCACCCAUGGGUGGACCUCCACCCAUACCCGAGCGCACUUCCCCAGCUGUGGGCUCCAUUGGUCGCUUGAGUAGUCGCAGCAGCAUUUCCGAAGUGCCCGAAGAAGCUGCUUCUUCGGCGGGCGGUGGUGUCAAUCGUCGCGAUUCGCAAACCUCACAGGCUUCUAAUAUUUCAACGGCCUCCAGGACACCUCAACGUCCUCCGCAAACCCAAAGCUCUGUGGUCGAGGAUGCGGAGGACACCAUGAAGAAUUUGAGGAAGACCUUUGCGGGCAUAUUUGGUGACAUGUAGGAAUUAGCGAACAAAAAACGCGGAAGAACAGCGAGCGAAUCGGCCAAUGGCGUGGGUGGCGAUAGUGGUCGCGGCACCGGUAGCAUGGCUGGCAUUAAUGUCAGCGGCAUCACCAGUGCCGGCAGCUCGUUCUUGGGUAAGCAGUUCUCCUUUACAACGGGUAAGUCUAGUGCCUCGGCCUCUUCGGGAAUUGGCGAGUCGGUGAUAUCGACCCAGCCCAAUUCGGCGAAGUCAGCCGAAGGACCUGCGGAUGCCCGCUCGGACACCUCGUCUACGUCGACUCUCACCGCAGGCAGUGUAAGUUCGAGCAGCAAGCCCUCUUCCAGCGUUUUAGAUGAGUCCAAAUACAAGCCGGUCACCAAUUUCGAACCCCAGGAGAGGGUUAAUCCCUUCGACAAGGGCACCAUAAAGGCCAGCACCACCACGGCCACCAUAGGCAGCACUGUGUCCACCACCUCAUCGUCAUCGAUUUCGGCCUCAUCAAUUUCAUCUCGCAUCAAUGUUCGCACCGACAGCAACUUCAAGUCACCGCCACCACCAUCAAGGCCACCGCCACCACCACCACAGACCGCCGCAUCUGUAGCCACCAAUUCGAGCAACACCUACCAAAGUUCGACGGCUUCCAACAAAGACAAGACUAGCUACAUUUAUGGCAGCUCCACUUCCAUAGAGACCAUAACACGCAUGGACACCACCAACACCGCCACCAUGAGUAAUCCAACGGCCAGCACCAGCCUGGGACACACUAGCCAGAAUACAGGCAAUACCAAGAUAACUACAAUUGGGGCUGCGGCCACCACCGGAAUAACUGGAGCAGUCAGCAAUGAUUGGAACAACACCACUGGACGUACGAAUUCCUCCGUUUUGGGUACACGCUCCGCCAGUGUGUACAGUGCUCCGGCAGUGGUCAGCACCACACCAGCAGUAGGGGCCACAACCAAUGAAGAUGCCCAGUCCACUGCUGCAGCAUCGAAUGGCUAUAACGCUGCCACCGAUAUGCCCUCAUAUACUCGGCCCUCAUAUUCGCGCUCCGAAAGCAAUGGACCUCAAAAUAAAGCUUCAGAUAUGGAUAUUAUCUUUGGUGAUAGCAACAACAUACCCUCUUAUGGUAGUGGUAAAUUUACCCGAUCCGGUGGCUCUCUAUCAGAUGCUGAACUCAUAUUCGGCAGCUCCUCGGUGCCCAGCUAUAAGACAGAUCGUUUUGGCUCCUCCAAAAGCAUGAGUGUUACAUCGGAUCGCAGCAAUAUGGGAUCAACGGCACCCUACAAAAUCUAUGAGGGUAUACAAAAUGCCGGUUUCAGUGAUUACAGCGAUAGCAAAGUGGCAGGCAGCACUGGCAGUGUUAGCUCUUAUUCCAGCUGGAGAAGUAAGCAACAGGAUAAUAAUGAUGAUGAUGAUUUGGACUUGAAAUAAAUUCUGGAAAUGAAAUGGCGAAAGAAAGAAGAAAAAAAUUCCAAAAACCUCAUAAAGUUUUUAUUAGUGUUAGUGUUAACAAGAACCACCAUUAACCACCAUAAAUAAUCAUUAACAAAUGUUAAAUGAACAGUUUUUCCUCCCUUAAAACAAAAAAAAUUUAAAAACAAAUAACAAUUAACAAAUAUAAAAGAAGCAAUUCUAAAAGUGCAGUAUAGACUGUUACUUCUUGACACUCAACACUUACAAAAAGUCAUGGUCAUCAUCAUAUGUUAUUGUCAUCAUCAUCAUCAUUGUUGUAGUCUUUACCAUCCUUUAUGAACUGCUAAUCCUGGGCAAACGAAGACAUGGCCUCCAAAGUUUCCUGGUUUCAUGGGACUCCUUUGAAAAUGUUACUCAAACCCACGCAUUACUAUGACUUGACCUAUUCAACUAAAGAACAUACUAUUUAACUCCUUAAAUGCUAUAUGCUAAUCACAUGCAACUCUGUGUUUAUUUGUUUAAGAGACUCUAUAUGUUAAGUUUGAUAAAAGAAUUUAAAGAUUUCCCCAAAAUGAAGAAUGACUAAACGGAAAAAAUUUAAAAGAAAGCACAUUUCAAAAUAAUAAUGAAUGAAUAAAGGAGUUUGCAGAUUUCCUUAGAUAAUUUAAGUAAGUUCCCCAACCCUCCCAAAAAGAAAACAAGCAAAUUACAAAAAAAUGCUAAAGCCAAACCUUUACCAGGCCUACUCUUUUCCCAAGCUAACCUUAGAAUUCAAACGCACGCAAGCAUUUCACCAUAGCGCACAAUUCAAGGGAAACGGAUAUUAGAAACAUACAUGUACUCUCAUUUCCUUUCGAUUUGUUACGUUUGUAAGUUUAUCGAAUUUCUUUCAAUACCCAAUGUUGAAUUCUAUACAAAUAUAUAAUUAUCGAUGCUCUAA